AAAAGCUACAACUACAAGAAUACGUUAAAAUUUAUUACUUUAUUCCACAUAAGGCACCGCAUUAAAGCUGUUAGUUAGAGUUAGACAUUCAUAAUUUUUGUCUUUUUUGCUCCUUGAAAUAUCUUAUUUCAUAAUUGUUUCCUUUCCAUUGGGCAUUGUUGUUCGAGUUUGAUGCAUAAGAAUAAUAAGAAUAAAAUCAAUAAGUAAAGUUAUACUUUACAAGUAUAAAGUAUAAAUUAUAAAGAGUAAUGAGUAAGAAGUAAGAGGCAAGCUCAUGAAAUUAUUGACCGGGACUAGAAAACUAGAACUGAAUUAAAAUUUAAAAUUAAUCGAUUUACGCAACACAUACUAAGAUACUAGUCAAACUGAUAACUCAUAUGAAUGUAUUUAAUAUUAAUUAUGAUCACUACUGAAUGAGAAGUAAUGGAUCUUGUCUAGACCCAAGCUUUCUUUCUGGCUAAGGCCUGUAACUAGUAAUUCAAUUGUCAAUUGUAAAAAUUAAAUAAUAUAAAUAUUAAAGGGCAAAUCAUACGGAAGUUGAAAGACCUGAACAAAAAAUAAUAUCAUAAUUUAUAGACAGCCUGGUUUAUGGCUUUGUACUUUGUUAAUAUAGCACUAUUGGGAAUGGGUGUUGUCAUUUUAAAAAAAUCAAAUGUCUUGCCUUUUAAAUUGACAGAAAUGGCUUUAGAAAGUACAACUUCCACUGGACAAUCUUCAACACCAUGGCGCAGAGCCUUGAGAACGUCUAUAGCUGCACUUCUUGUGGAGGCAGGAUAUCAAUGUGCCGAAAACUUAGCACUGGAGACUCUUAUUGAAAUGACUCAAGCAUGUAAGAAAUUAAUAUUACUAUACGAUCCACUGGAGUUGCCACAUUAUCAUUAUUCGAGUUAUCAUUUUACCCUGUUACCCCAUCUGAUAUCACGAGCCAACAUGCACCCCCUCUACUUUCUCCCUUAAAGGAAAAGCCUAACCCAAGCUGCAUCCACUCUUGUCCCUCUCCCAUUUUAUACCAUUACAUGCUUUCCCAAUAUUGCAAUUUACAAAAUGUAUUUUUAUAGCUAAUCUUCUAUUUAGGGAAUUCUUAUUCUCCGUAACAUAUUAAAAAUAUAUAUAUUAAUAGAAAAUAAACAGCAAAAGCUUAUUUUAUUGUGAUGGUCCCUAUAACAAUAGGGAAAAAAAAAAUCACUGUAUUUAUAUUAUAUUUGGUUUUUGAAGUCUGAAAUUCUGGAAUAGUUAUAAAAUAAUAAUUAAUUCUAGCAAAAUAAUUAUUAUAAAUACUUAAUAAAAUAAACUUCAAAUAAUCCAGUUAUUAUUUAUUUUAAGUUAUUUCAAUAAACUGUAAUUCUUAGCCACAUAUUUAACAUAAUUUAGUGUAUUAAAACAUUAAUUUAAAUAUAUAUAAAAUUUAUGUGGAAUUUCAUAAACCUUAAAAUGAUAUUUUAAGAUUAUUAUGUACAUAAUAUUCCUAUAGAUAUCUCAGAGGCUGGUCGAACUUCAAGUGGUUAUGCUGAACUUGCUGGCCGCACACAUGUUAUGCCAAGUGAUGUCGUUUUAGCUCUUGUUGAGAUGGGUAAAACAUUUAAAAUUUAAAGAGUAUUUGUGAAAUUAGGUCAAAUUUAUAGUUUUAUUUUACUCACUUCAGAAUUAAAAAGAAAGAAUUAAAACAAAUUGAUUUAAUUAUUGUAAAAAAUUAAUCUGGGCCAAAACAAAAGAGUAAAAUGUGCAGUUACAUUCUAUUUAAAACUAUAAAAAAAAUUUUGUAUUCAGCACUAAAUUGACUUUUUGUUUUGUUAAUCAUCUAUCGUUUAAUGAGACUUAACAAGAUCUCCAAUGUUUUUUACAGGUUUAGAUUUCACUGCUAUUCCAACACACGCAAAGCGAGAAAAUAAAACAGUCUUUUUACCUCGUAAGUAAUUAAGGAAGUAAGCUUCUUCUUUCAUUUAUUUAGUCCUAGUAGGCUGAGGGGUGCUUGAGGCCAAGUUAACUCAAACCUCUGUCUAUUGGACUGAGCCUCUUUUAAAGAGGGAACAUUUUCUUAAAGAAACUGUUGGGGAAAAGUUUCUUCUUGUAUCCAUUGAUUUACAUUAUGAUUAAACUAAUUCACUUGAAUUCUUUUGCAGAGAUAAUUAUGCAACAAAAUAAUUUAGUUAUAUGGGCAUGGGUGGUUGUUAUCACUGAGAUUAACUCAUGUUGUAAAACUCUAUCUUAGAGUCUGGAAUCCAUGGUCUGCUCUGUUUCAAACCAAACUCUUUUAUAUGGGUGUGUUACUUAAUCCAUUAAUAUACUUGUACUAAAAAUAAUUAAAUGCUUAAAUCUUUGUGCCUAACUGUCUCAUAGUUGAAGUCGUAUUAUUCACUGUCAAUUUUUACAGGAUAUUUUGCUCUGAUUUUUUUUAAUUGCAAAACAGAUUUUGAAAAAGUGUUUUUCUUUUUAAAAAGUUUUAGUUAAAAAUCUUUUUAUGUUGAUUUAUUUUUAUCAUUAGCAGUUAUGCUAUUUUCAUUAUGUUAAUUUUAGCUGCACAAGCUCCAGCAACAGUCCCAUCAAAAAUACUUCAAGUUGGUGAGAAAAGAAAGCAUCCUGCACAUAUACCUGAACAUCUUCCAUCAUUUCCAGAUCCCCACACAUAUAUAAAAACACCAGUAAGUGAUUUUUUUGUUGUUGUUUUACAUACAUCGAAUUUUAAGGUGGACCACUGGGGAAAAUAUAGAUAUUUAUAUAAUUUGUAUUUAAAAUGAGGUAAUCAUGAAUUUGACAUCUAAUGAAUAUUUGGCUUUUACCAUUUGCAUUAAAAAUUAAUUUAUAGUUGUUAAUUUUAAACUAGUAUGGUCAAAAAAAUUUUGACUUGGGGGGCGAAAAUUCAUAGAAAAUAGACCUUGGGUGCCCUUUGCAUUAUAAUAAUAUAAUUGCAACACUUCCUAGAUAAACUUGGUAUCGAUAGAAAGCUUAGUCUAUCUAUUGCUUAAUGGUACUGCCCACUAAAAUUUAUAGAAAAAAGCAUUGAAGGAAUUCUUUGUUCUGUUAACCGAUACAUUUUUUUGAAACACAGUUAUAUUUGUUGACAUUUUAAUUUUCGUUUAUCGUUGGUCGGCUAAUUUUGGAUUUGACCCAAAUGGAACAAAUCAAUUCCACAAUGCAACACCCCGCCUGCAUCAUCAUUCAAAAUUACUGUGCCCAGUUAGCAUAAGCCAUAAGCUGUCUAUCAGGCAAUCAACUUUAAUUUUGGAAAUCUUCAAAAAUUCAUAUUUGAUUAAUUUGAACAUAGCUUCUUGCUUUGAGUAGGUAAGUUGAAUUAAAUAUUGUAUAAUGUAAUUAAUAAUAAAUGUUUUAGCUAGUUUUAGCAGCUGGAUGAAUGUUGAGCUAGAUUUAGUCUGGUCUGAUGUUACAGUAUGUAAGCCUACUACAUAAUUAUAAGAACAGUUUGAUACAUGUAAUGUGUGUGUAGGCUAAUGAUUUAGAAAAAAGGCUACUUUAUGCCUAAUUGUAUAAAAUUGAAAUAAAUAAUUAUAAUUUUUAAUAUUACUAAGCAUUCAUAAUUCUCUUUUUUAUGUUUGCAUCCUUAUCGGUGACUUAUUUGGUGUGAUAUUUUAAAAUUUUAUUUCGUUGUCAAUGAAAACAAUGAUGAGCAUGAUAAUGAUGAAUGUCAAUGAAUGAAAGAAAUGAAUAAGCUUAAGGUAACCUAAUUUUUAUUUUAAAAAAAUAAAAUAAACCCCAAAUAAAACAAAAAUAAUAAUAAUAGAAAUGUUACUAUUCCCUUAGAUUUUCUUUUAACAAUACUAUUUAGCUUUGCUUAAGUCUAAUAGUAAUUUUAUUUUUCAAAAGAUAAUAAAUACAUUUUGUUUGGUUCAAAAUACAGUAUGUCAUGGUCCCCAAGUCUAAGAGAUCCAAACAACUGAAGAAAGACAGACUAGCAUAAUUGGAAAAGAACAGGGAUCACACUUCACCACCAACUUCAUUGCCAGCUUCUCCACCAGCUGAAAUAACUAUGGCAUCAUACAACUCCAAACCCAGGCUUCAUUCUUUUGAGUCAGAGUAUCAGUACACCUCUGCCUCAUCCAUAAUGCUAAUAGAUGCACUUCAGCUACUGUAUCAGAAGUUUCCAUGCCAGGUAUUCGAGGAGGGACACUUUAUCAUGUGAUGAGAGUAAACGCUUAGGAAUCAUAUCUUCUUACAUGUCAGUUUUAUGCAAUGGCAAAACUUUUGAUAUCAGCAAAAGAGCUGUGGCAGCAUCAUUAGUGACUAGAUUGGAGCAUGCUGUGGGGAGGAAAAUUUUUUAAUCAAUUAAUGUUCCCAAUAUUCAACAGAAGACAUUCGACCAGCAUGCCACAACCAUUCCGCAAUCUCUACUUCAAAAACUUCUUUUUAGUUUUUUCAGAUUUUUGAGGAAUGCCAAAAGGAUCAAGAGGAAAAGUAUUAUAUGUACCGACUUCAAACAUUGCAUUCUUCUUUUCAUUGAUGUUCUCUACAUAUUAACCCUUUACAGUCCGAUGCGCCCGAAAUGCGCCGAUUUUUUCCUUAAGCGUACAGUCCGAUGCGGCCAAACCCGCCCGUUUCGAGGUUGUUUACUUUCGUUCUUAGCACAGCGGAAGUCCAUUGCGCAUUACUAUUUAUAGUUCUACCGGAAGAAAGCCUCGUAGUCGGCAUUUAUUUCGAUACUACUUUGACCGCGGUGUGUUUAGGGGCUGAUUUUCUAUGAUUUUUUUAAAAGUCGCGAUUUUUUCGCUGUAAAAAAUGGCUAUCUAAGCCUUGGAUACACUUUUGAAAGAACUUAGGCCUAAUGAAGCUUCACUAUUUCAUGAGUGGGAGGGUCUCUGAAACUAUUUUUAGGUUUAACUUUUGCUUUAAUCAUUUCUUUGUAUUUAGGUAUUUUUUAUUUUAUUUUGUUGCUUCUAGUUUAUUUUCUGAAAAUUAAUUAGAUAAAGAACCUUCAUUUAAAAUGGAGUUAUGUCCCUUUGCUUGGGCGCUGGGAGUAGACAAGGCUGAAUAGGUUGGACUGUAAAGGGUUAAGCCCAUGUUUUUUUUAUAUCUUUCCCACAGAAAUUUUAAAUUUGACAAAAUUUUAUGUGACCCCCACAUGCAUGGCAUUUUUAGCUUUUCUAAUAAUUGUGAUGCAGUGAGCUAGGAUCAUUGUUUUAACAAUUUUAUUUUUAUUGAGUGUGCAAAAUUUCAUUAUGAUAUUGCAAAACCAAUAAGUGUCAAUAAAUUUGUGUAACUGUCAAAAUUGGUAUAAAAUUUUCAUUAAUUUUGCAAUAAAAAUAAAAAAUGUGAAGAAUAAACUUCAGUGGCUUUUUUUUUUAGUCUUUCUGUUUCUUUAUUGUUUGUAUGUACUAUUUUUUUACUUCCAAAUUUAGAAACAUGGAAAUAUUGUUUUUUGUUGUUUUUUUACACAUUGGACCAUCUAACAUGGGAAGCUACUCUUUGUAGAAUUUAUGGGAAGUAAGUAAUCAUUUAAAGGGAGACAAAUUGCUCAUUUGCAAAAUAGAUUUUUAUUAUGUACAUUUUUUAAUUUUCGUGGCUGGAAUAAAAUAUUCUUUCUGGUAUAUACAAUGUUAUAUUAUAUUAUAUCGCUUAUUUAAUUGAACUCUUGAUUUAUUAAGACUUUUACAAUUUAUACACCUGGUUUACUUAGAGAUAUGCAAAUUUAUAUUAAGUAACAAUGUGACAUUUCAAGGAAUGCAGCAUAUAUAAAGGUGAGAGUAGCUGGUUACUGAUGUGUUGUAAGAAAGGAGAGAAGGUUAGCACUCCCCUUGACAAGGACGGACGAGACCCUUGUGGUCUAACAACACACAAAGGCAUGUCUCCUUACUUUGGAGGCACACCAUUUUUUUUUUUGGGGGGGGGAGAACAAUAUUAAUUGCCUAAUUCUUGUAUACACCCCCCCCCCCCCUGAAACCUGCCUAGGGGCCAUCUAUAUAGUAUGUAAGCAAAGUUAACAAAAAAUUUUAUAAAAAUUGUAAGAAAGGAGGGAAGGUUAGCACUCCCCUUGAAAAGGGGGGGCGAGACCCUUGUGGGCUAAAAACACACAAAGGCAUGUCUCCUUACUUUGGAGGCACACCAUUUUUUUUUUUGGGGGGGGGAGAACAAUAUUAAUUGCCUAAUUCUUGUAUACACCCCCCCCCCCUCUGAAACCUGCCUAGGGGCCAUCUAUAUAGUAUGUAAGCAAAGUUAACAAAUAAUUUGAUAAAAGACUUGUUUGAACAUCACUGUAUCAAUACCGCUAGAUUGUCUCCAUAUGGAAUAAUUUUACCUAACUACCAUGUCUUUUUCCUGUUUGGUUUUUACAAUUUUGUUCAAAUCACUUCCUUUACACUUUUCUUUACUUUGUUUCUGCCUGUGUCUUUCGCCCACUCUUAUUUUUCUCCCCUUUUUAGGUAGGAUAUCUGUAUAUAUAUUAUGUAAAUUUUAUUUAUACUUAUUUAACUUAUUUGUCUUUUUGUUGUACUGAUGAAGGCAUGUGCCGAAACGUAUACUUUUGUAUUCUGUAAAAUUAUUAUUAAACUUUAUCUUAUAUUGUUACAUUGACACAAAUUGUUGGUGUCUAUUUAAUCUAGGAUAUAAUAAGUUUGUUGAGUGUAUCCAGGCAUACAAAGUUUGAUGAACUUGGAUUUAAUGCAGACACACAUUUCAGAAUGCUACAGUUAACUGUAACUUGAGCAGUGAGUUCACUGAUGAACUUGUCUACACACGCAAAAAGGAUUCUGGCCACUGGCAUGCAUUGAAUCCUCAUUAGUUGAGUAGUUUCUGUAACCAUUUUACCAGUUGAUAACAGCAUAAACAAAUUCUGUUAAUGUUUUUGACACCCCCUGAGCUCUUUAUGGCCUUGUACCCUAGUAGUUGUCGUUGCUCAGUGGAAUUCCAAUUUGAACUCCUAUUGCAUUAGCUUCUUUCACAAUAUCAUCCCAAGUGUCAUUGUAAGAUCUUCUCGGGUGAAUUCUAGCAGAAGUUCUGCUGAUAAAUAAUCAACUGAUGAGUUUUGUAAUUCUUACGAUACUUAAUUGGGUGCAUCUAAUAACUUUUCAGCCACAAGCAAAAAUGCAUAAAUUAUAUUGAAGUAAUUUUUUUUCGAAGCCGGUGAGACUUUGCUUUUGCUGACCUGUCAGCAUUAUGUAAUCCAAAGCCUUCCAACACUUUAAUGAUAUAAAUUCUAAGCUUUAUUUUGCGCACAGACUGAUACCUAUAAGACCACAGAGUUGCAACCAAUCUGUCAAGCUCCUCAGUUAUCCUCAAUUUGUGCUUGUACAAAUAGUUAUGGUUGAGGGUCACAAACAGAUAAGAAAACAAAGACCGAUUUUAUAAUUGAAAACAUGUCGACGAUCUCAAGUAUAUUUUUAACCAGGUUGAUUAAGAUGCAAUGCAGACUAUGGACACGGCAGUGUAUGUAGAUUACCAAUGGAGCUAUUUCUUUCAUCCUGGCCUGUACACCUCGAAGGCUGUCACUCAUUACCGAAGCAUCCUCAUAGCAUUGGGCAAUAAAUUGAUCCCAUGAUAAUUUGUUUUCCAGGAGUGAAUUUUUGUAAGCAAUUGCCAAUGACUGAGCAUCUACAUUUUCCAGAUGAAAAGUACCUAGAGGUUUUUUCUAAACUGAACCAUCUGGUGAAGUGGAUCUGAUGAUGAAGCUCAGUUGUUCUUUUUGAGAAAUAUCUUUCUAUUCAUUGACCAUCACUGUCCAGUAUGGUUCAAGUGAAUCAAACAUGUUCUGUCUAAAAAAAAUUACAGAGCCUUGUAAAAUAUAGUUCUGAUACGCUGCCGACGUGUAGUAUCAGCAUCUUGUUCGCAGUCUUUCUUGUAGUUGAGGUGAAAGUUGACUCACCGUUUCAAGCAAAUAAAAUUUCCUUUGUUAGACCAUUCUUUUGAUUCAUUGUUGCGAAAAAAAGCCAGACCUUGACAGUGACCGUUACAAACUAGAUACGAAUUCACAAAAAUAAGAAACUUUUGAUUCCAAUUUUCCAGAACAUCUAACUUUCUCUGAACAUUUGUCAGAUUUGAUUCAGAUUCAACCAUUCCUGCUGACACUUUCUUUUCUUGAUUCCAUAACCUUGAUCCAUCUUUGUGCUUUGUACUGGACUCAUAUUGUUUCAACAAUUUUUCCAUAUCGGUAUUUUAAAAAAAAUUCUUAUUCCUUUUUCUUUUCCUUAUUUAUUUCUUCCUACGCAUGAUUCUGCUGUCUAAGAUACUGAUACCUAAUACAUUUUUUCCUCCUAAAAUCAGCCCUCUCCUCCCCCCAAAUGUUCCUGCUUUUAUUCCAACUUAGUGACCUACAUAGUUACAUUUAUUUUUAACCCAACCAUUUAUUUUAUUUUAUUUAUGUAUUUGCUAUUUUGGAGUGUACUUGUUAGAAUUUAAAACAGGGAGCCUGGUGAAAACCUAAAUUUGGCAAAGGCGCAGGGAAUCUUUUUACACUGGUGUAGCCCAACAAAAUUACAUCACAUGCACAUUGUAAAUACGGUGGACAGAAUACUACUAUAAUACCUCUACUGAGCAUGUCUUAGCAAGUUCAUUUGUGAAAAUACAUGGCAAAAUUAUGAUGAUAAUUCCCACAAAACAUUGCAUGCAUAAAUAUGCCUUUUUUUGACUGACAACAUUUCAGCAUGAUUAUUGCAGAAUUUUAAAAUAAAAGUCCCUACUUUCUGCCAAGAAGCCCCCCUCCAAACCCUAUGCACACAUACGCAAAAUCGACAAAUUUAAAAUUAUGUAUUUACUAUAAUUUUGAAGUAGCAUACUUCAACUAAAUGUCGCCUGGGGUGAACUCUUACUCUUAAAAUGCCCCCCACCAAGCACAUAAUCUUUAUUUAAUUCAUGCUUUAUGUAACCCCAAAAAGAGCGGCCCCAGGGUUGUCACCCUUUUUACACUCACCUAGAUUUGUCACUACAAGGAGGCUGCAACCUGGCUUCUUAAAAAAUAGGAAUCCACAGUGUCACCCUGCCUAAACUACGCCACUUGACUCAUAAGUGAUGGUAUUAAAAAUAGUGCUGUAUUUUAACUGUUAUAACAUGAAUAUUUCUUUAGUGUUUCAAACAACCUGCAAAUGAGUAUCAACUUGUAAGAGAAAAGGCUGCCUCUCAGAAACGAGAUGUUGAAGUUGCCCUGACCCGCUUCAUUGCUAAAACUGGAGCAACACAUUCACUCUUCAGAGAUGACAAAUCUGCCUUUCCAUGUAAAUCUUUUAUUUUUGUUACUCUAAUUGUAUAUCCAUAUUUUUAAUUUUAAUAAAAGCAUGGGGCAAUUAAAAAAAUCUCAGAUACCCCAUAUAGUUUUAUUAAAAGUAUAGGACAAUUUAAAGUUUUUUUUAGACAUCCCUUAUAGUUUUAAGAUAACUCCAAAUUAAUUAAUUUUUAUAUCUACAUUUUUAAAAUGCAUAAAUAAGAGCUUAAUAAUUCUGUAAGCUUUAACUUAAGGCAAACCUCCUACUUUUCUUGUCAUAAGUUUAGGUGAUGGGCAUGAAAGAUGUUAUACUAAAACAGUUAUGGAUUCCAGUGCAACACGAUGUUUUUAUUUGUCUUGUUUAUAUGCUCAUAUUAUCAAUAAUUUAAGAGCAGAGCUUUUCAGAACACAAGGAAAUAAAAUGUUUGUUAGGUGGAAGUGCUGAACUCUAACUGUCCUCCACAAAUUAUUCAAAUAUGAUCAAGAGAAAAGGGAAACACAUUAGGUGGUCCAGUUAUAGCAUGGUCACUGGUAAAACUAAAAUAUGACUGUAGAAAGAUAUUUAAAAAUUAUACCUUAACUAGACAGAUGUACUAAAUUACAUGGUCGGUUUCAAAUUUUUGGUGUACAUAUUUGUAUAAAAAAUGCACAUUCAUUGUAGUGAUACUAAGCAAUUUUACUUUUACAUUCUGAUCUUUCCAGUGAUUGCUUGCAAGCCAUGCCCACUACCUUAUAUGUCAGCAUUACUUCCCAUGGAUAGUGAGAUAUCAACUCAAGAGAGCUCAGAUGCAGACUCAACUCCACAAUUACAUCACCAGGUCAAUGAUGGUCAUCUUGGUCUUAGCACAGAUGUUGCCACAGACAGUGAAACUAUUGAUAACCCUUACCUUAUACCAGCCAAAAUAGCCAAGAAGAAAUGGAGAUGACAUAAAAUUAAGAAUAAAUCAAUGGUUGAAUGACAUGUUCUGUGAAUGGGGAGAGCUAGUGUCAGAUUGUUAUGUGAUAAGAAGGCAAAUUGGAAAAUGUUGAUAUUUGGUAGAGAAAGUGAGGAAUUUUAUGUAUAAAAAUAUUAAUAUUAUUAUAUCAAUAACAGUAACC